GUGAAGAUGGUACACUGUGGUCAUCAUGAGAUACCCAACCGUGGCCACCACAGGGACCGCUUCUGUCACCCCGAGACAACGUGGAAGAAUGUGCGGCGCCUGCGCCCAGACUGUGUCUGCGCUCCAGGGUACCUACGCAACUCGUGGGGCGACUGCAUAAGCCACGCCGAGUGCCACCACUGCAUGAACAAGCAUCACAUGAAUAUGGAUUACAACUUGUGCGAAUCGCAGUGCCCCCUCGUAUGCAACCAGCCUAUAGACACGAACUGCCCCGAUACGUGCUAUGAAGAGUGCGCCUGCCGGCCAGGUUAUAUUCGGUCACGUCCCAAUGGCCCUUGCAUAAGCAUCCACCAAUGCCUGCCGGGUUGUCCGAGCCCCAAGCAGUACUUCACCCUCUGCCGCUCGUCCUGCCCUGCAACCUGCUCGAACCCAGACCCUUCAAACUGCCCCGAAUACUGUGCCGGUGAGGGAUGCGUCUGUAAGCCAGGCUACCUUGCCCUAACUCUCGAACCCCUCAGAUGCGUUCGGCCAGAACAAUGCCCAGCAUUUCACAGAAGUUGUCACGGCGCAAACCAGGUGUACACCACAUGCAAAUCGCGUUGUCCGCCAACUUGCUGGGGGGCCAAGGAGCCUCGGAUGUGCACGGCCCAAUGCGCUGGCAGCGGCUGCGUUUGCAAGCCUGGCUUUGUGAUCGGUAGCUGGAGUCCGCUGACUUGCGUUCACCCCGCUCAAUGCGCUAUGUUUAACCAAACGUCGCAUUUGAUGCACAUCAAAUUGCUCAAAGCCUAAUCUUAACCAUAAUGUGAUGCAGUUUUCAGUCUGACCUAAAGCCUUCUUAUUGAUGGGAAUGCGAGACUAAAUAAAGUGUCUGGAAACCGA